AUGGCACCAUGGGACACAGAGUCUGUUGAAGGACUCUGUGACAAGCCGUUUGACUUUGUCAUAGUCGGCGGAGGAACUGCCGGCCUGGUGGUGGCCAACAGACUUACCGAAGACCCUAAAGUUAGCGUCAUUGUCCUGGAAGCAGGGACCAAUCGUCUCAAUGAUUCUCGAACUAUGGUACCAGGAUUGGCGAUGGCAAUGCUUGAGGAUGCAGACUUCGAUUGGAACUUUCAAUCGAUUGCUCAGAAACAACUCAACGGUCGCACACUCUCAGCAAGCAAAGGCCGCACUCUCGGAGGCUCCUCGGCUAUCAAUUUUGGCAUGGUUAUCUACCCUUCCCGUUCCGGAUUGAAUGCAUGGGAGGCAUUGGGAAACCACGGCUGGGGUUGGGAUGGCUUGUCUCCUUACAUUCGCAAAUUUCAAACGGCUACUCCACCGUCGGAUGCAAACCGUGAAAUUUUCAAGGGGAUGAAGUGGGAUCAGAAGGAUCAAGGCAGCGACGGGCCUGUGCAGGUAUCAUUUGGAGACCAGUAUAUGCCAUAUCACGCUGCGUGGAUGGAGACGUUCAAAACAUUAGGAUAUCCACAGAUUGAUGAUCCUAUCAACGGUGCUGGUACUGGACCUUUUGUGUCUCCGGCUGCAGUGGAUUCAGCGACCCACACCAGAAGCCAUUCUGGAGCUGCUUAUCUAGGGCCGGAAGCCCAGGCUCGGGCAAAUCUACGUGUUGUGACAGGGGCUUUAGUGCAGAGCAUCACGCUGGAGAGACGAGAUAUCGGGGUCGUCGCGACUAGCGUUCAAUUCCAGAAGGACCAGAAGACAUUCACCAUUUCAGCUAACAAAGAGGUCAUUCUUGCCGCAGGGGCAACGCAAACGCCUCAGAUUCUAGAGCUGUCCGGUAUUGGAGAUGAAAAGAUCCUUCAGUCCUAUGGAAUUGUCCCGAUUAUCAACAAUCCUAGUGUUGGGGAGAACUUGCAAGACCAUGGCAAUGUUGCUUUUGGAUACGAGGUUGCGGAUGGACUUCCGUCGGGCGAUAUGUCUAGGGAUCCUGCCACCGCAGCCGCUGCAAUGGCUGCUUAUCAGAAUAAUCGUUCUGGUCCCUUAGCCGCGGUUCCCUUUGUCUCUGCAUUCAUGCCCUGUGUGAACUCUCCCGAGGGAGAGCAUGACCAACUGCUUCGAAAUAUCCAGGCUUCUAUCGACAGUCCAACCACUCCUCGAGCACAUAGGAAGCAAUUCGAGGCAGUACGGGAGUUGAUCAAGGAUCCAGCUGAACCUACAACUCAAUAUAUUCUGGCACCAUUCCAGAUCCUUACACGAACAGGCGAUAAUCCUAAGCGUCUGUUCGGGAUGGGUCAUCCGGGAUAUUUUAUCAGCCUUGUCUCCCUCCUCAAUUAUCCUCUGUCCCGUGGGUCAGUUCAUAUCCAGUCGGCCAAUCCGGAAACUGCUCCCACCAUUGACCAUGGAACGCUACGUCACCCAGUCGACCUGGAGCUUCAUGCUCGCCACAGCAUGUGGAUGGACCAAAUUGCAGAGACCGAUCCAAUGGCAUCUCUCCUCAAAAAAGGAGGCGAGCGACUGCACACGCCGGAGCCGGUGACCGAUUUGGGAAAAAUCCAAGGAGCUAUGCAAAGAACUUGUUACAUCUAUGUACCAUCUCAGUGGAACUUGCGCCAUGAUGCCCCGGGAGGACGGUGGGGUGGUGGACUCUCAUCUCAAGGUCUAUGGAACGACCAAUUUCCAUCCGUCCAGUUCACUUUAUCCAAGCGCAUCACUAUUCAAUAUCUGGUUUUGGAAAAAGCGAGGCGCCCGCCUUCGCCAGGUCCCCCGUCUAUUUUUGACAUCCCCUGGGCCAAUCAGUUAAAGAAAGUGUGA